UCUCGUGAGAUUACGAUUUUCCACGUUCUACGUUUGCAAGACGUCACAGCUGUUUGGUAGCGUAUGGUAGAGAUCAACAUCUAGUGUGUCAAUAAUUUUUGCCGUAUACAUCGAAAGGCCUUCGGGAGCUGACGGGAUCACUGCUGUUCUCUGUGAUUGACUGGAUCUCUCGCGGCUGUCUGUUAGGGGAUUUGGUGCACUUGUGCCCGACGUCGGAGGCCUUUUUGUUUUGCCUAAUGCGUUUGAGGCCAUUAUUUGCUAACUGAGUUUUAAGUACCGUUUGAAUUUCUGGGCUGCCAACACAAGACCAUUUUUAACGUCACCUGAGAAAGCAAACAGGGUCAAGAACUCGGACAUAUUUAAGUUUUCUAUAGAUCUUCUUGUCUCAUUGGAGGAUGUGUGUUUGAAGCCUGUUCAAAUUCAAUCUCUGAAUGUUAGAUCUCUCCGAUUUCCUCCACCUACAAAAUGUGGUUAAAACUUUUCUUUUUACUCCUGUAUUUCAUGGUGUUGUUUUUGCUUGCUAGAAUUUUUGAGACUGUAGUCUGGUAUGAGACUGGUAUGUUCGCCACGCAGCUUGUAGAUCCAGUUACUCUUAGUUACAAUAAGUUGAAAACCAUCUUAGAGUGCAGAGGACUGGGAUACACCGGCCUGGCUGAGAAAAAGGAUGUCAGCGAACUGGUGGAAAAAUCAGGAGAAUUAACGCAAGGGGAGCUGUAUUCAGCCAUCAAGAAAGCGAGAGAGCAGACGGAGGCUGGAGAUUCCAGCACUACUACAGCCUUCAGUGGGGAGAUGCACUUCUAUGAAUUGGUGGAGGACACUAAAGAUGGAAUUUGGCUGGUUCAGGUUGUAGCCCAGGACCAGGAAGCUGUGCUCAGUCAAACGAACUGGGGAAAAAUGGUGCUGAAGCUGUCUCAGUUUGGAAUCAGAACUGGAACCUUCAACUGCUCCACUGACUUUAGGUAGGAAUUGGCUAGUUCAUCCCAAAAUG